AUGUUUCGGAAUGUGGUAAAGACACCUCCACUGAAUCCGCUACCACAGGCACAGCACGCCGAGUCGCACGGUCGACCGAUCACGAAGCGCCCGGAAUUGUUCCAACGGAUGGACCAAGAGCGGCCGGGGUCGGAUGCGGAGGUGAGUCCGUCCUCGCCACUGCCUUCACCCCUUCCGCUCUCGCUUCCAUGCAAGCCGGCCGGGGUGGCGUUUCAACAAUGCCAGCUCUGCGUGAGCAACGGGGAGAGCCUCGAGUUUGCUCGCUCUCAUCGGCUCAAGGAUGAUAUCGGUCGCGUCAUCUGCCCUGUCCUUCGCAAAUACACUUGCCCUUAUUGCUUGGCUACAGGAGAUCAUGCUCACACAAAGUCCUACUGCCCCAUGGUGAACCCCAGCGGGAAACGAGCCGCGGCCAUUGCCGUCCAGCUCAAGAAUACCCCACGGAACGCAUCCGGACGCUCUCGGAAGCAAUAA